CCCAAGUUCAAGAUGCCAGAGAUGAACAUCAAAGCUCCCAAGAUCUCCAUGCCUGAUUUGGAUCUUAAUCUUAAAGGCCCCAAACUGAAAGGAGAUGUGGAUGUUUCACUUCCAAAUGUAGAGGGUGAUUUAAAAGCAUGUUCUCUUGACAUAAAGGGCCCCAAAUUAGAUGUAAAUGCUCCAGAUAUUGACAUUCAUGGUCCUGAAGGCAAAUUAAAAGGUCCCAAACUGAAAAUGCCUGACAUGCAUGUCAACAUGCCCAAGAUCUCCAUGCCAGAAAUUGACUUGAAUUUGAAGGGCUCAAAGGUCAAGGGAGAUGUUGAUAUAUCUGGACCCAAACUGGAGGGUGACAUUAAAACUCCUAAAUUGGAUGUGAAGGGCCCAGAAGUGGACAUUUCUUCUCCUAAGGUCAAUAUUGAUGGGAAAUCAAAAAAAUCUCGUUUUAAGCUUCCUAAAUUUAAUUUUUCUGGGUCCAAAGUUCAGACACCUGAAGUGGAUGUCAAAGUUAAGAAGCCAGAUGUUGAUGUAACAGCUCCAAAAGUUGAUAUUAAUGCUCCAGAAGUUGAAGCCCAAGGUAAAGUGAAAGGAACCAAGUUCAAAAUGCCUUUCCUGAGCAUUUCAUCUCCCAAAGUCUCCAUGCCUGAUGUGGAGCUAAAUUUGAAAGGUCCUAAAGUCAAAGGGGACUUAGAUGUAGCAAGCCCAAAUUUAGAAGGAGAGUUUAAAGGUCCCAAAGUGGAUAUUAAGACACCAGAGGUUCAUCUUGAUACACCUGAUGUGGAUGUUCAUGGUCCAGAGUGGAAUCUGAAGAUGCCCAAGAUGAAAAUGCCCAAGUUCAGUGUGCCUGGCUUCAAAGCAGAAGGGCCUGAUAUGGAUUUACCAAAAGGAGACAUCAAUAUAGGAGGUCCCAGUAUGAAUAUUGAGGGCCCAGAACUCAAUGUGGAAUGUCCAGAAGGAAGCAUAAAAGGUCCCAAGUUCAAGAUGCCUGAGAUGAACAUCAAAGCGCCUAAGAUCUCCAUGCCUGACAUUGACUUGAACCUGAAAAGCCCCAAGGUAAAAGGUGAUGCAGAUGUUACUAUUCCCAAACUUGAAGGUGAUCUUAAAGGCCCAGAGGUUGACAUCAAAGGCCCUAAAGUGGACAUUAAUGUUCCAGAUGUGGAUGUUCAUGGCCCAGACUGGCACCUGAAGAUGCCCAAGAUGAAAAUGCCCAAGUUCAGCAUGCCUGGCUUUAAAGCAGAGGGCACUGAAGUGGAUGUGAACCUACCCAAGGCUGACAUUGAUGUCUCAGGGCCCAAGGUGGACAUUGAUGUUCCUGAUGUGAAUAUUGAAGGUCCAGAAGGGAAGUUGAAAGGUCCCAAGUUCAAGAUGCCUGAGAUGAACAUCAAAGCUCCCAAGAUCUCCAUGCCUGACUUUGAUUUGAAUCUGAAAGGUCCAAAAUUGAAAGGUGAUGUGGAUGUGUCCUUGCCCAAACUGGAAGGUGAAGUCAAGGGCCCAGGAGUGGAUAUUAUAGGCCCUAAAGUAGACAUUGAAGGCCCUGAUGUUAGUUUUGAAGGACCAGAAGGGAAGUUGAAAGGUCCCAAGUUCAAGAUGCCUGAG